UUCCUUUUGUAUUCUAUUUUAUCAUAGGGGAAUUCAGAAAUUGGUUUCAAGCCUGCUCUUCAAGUUUCAGGUGAAAAAAAAAACUGUGUGGGGUAGAAUUCUCGUUGGUUUCUAACAGUGUUUAUCUGCUGGUUGAGGAAGUGAUUGCAGAGACUUGCAGCUGAACACAGAAAGUGCUCUGGUCGCCUCAGUCCUCGUCAAUGCUGUAUUCAUUCUGUCUCAGAGGAGCAAGAUGGUGGCAGUACAAAAGGAUUACUGGUACUUCUUGGUACUCAUGAUGCAGCUCUGUUUUCUAAAAGGCUCCUUUCAGAUGAAAGCCCCAGAAUCAAAAGUCACACUGCAGGAAGGAAUGGUAUUGGACUGCCUGUGUCCGUGGAUUGGCCAGCUCAUUAUGGUCACUUGGACUAAAAAGUCUCUUUCACAACCUCUAGCUGUUUAUCAUCCUCAGUAUGGCUCCAACUAUGAGCUAUCAUAUGACGGCAGAGUGACGUUUCUGAAGUCCAGCGUGAUGGAUGGCAGCAUUUCCAUAAUGAAUGUCACUGAGGGCGACAUCGGCCAGUAUCGUUGCUCUCUGCAGGCUUAUCCUCAGGGUUCAUGGACCAAAGACACAUUUGUCGAAAAAGCAGCAAUCACCACCACCUUCUCUAUUCAACCGGACACUAAUUUGGUGGCCGCAGAGAACGACAACCUGACCAUUAUGUGUGACCUUGUCCACAGCAGUGAAGUUUAUCAAGUAAGCAUUGAGAAACUGGACACUGAGGUGGGCGGUAGUAAUAUUAUAGCAACAUGUCAGGUGCUAGAACAUGGUGUGGAGCUGACUGAGUUCAACAGUAGAGGACUACUGAACUGCAGUGAUGCUAUGGAGGUCAGUCUGCACAUCACCAACAUUGUCAAAGAAGAUGGAGGACUCUACCGCUGCAACUUCAGCACAAAUGCCGGUGUCCGGUCCACCACAAUCUUGCUGACCACUCUACCUGCUCAAGAUUUUAGGGGUUUUCAUCACAUGCUUUAUGUGUAUAUUGGAGGAGGGCUGGUUGGUGUCGCUCUGCUGAUGAUUUUAUUACUGACGUGGCUGAACAGGAUGAAAAGGAAGAGAGAGGAGUACAGAAUCAAACUGCACCCUGCCAAAAGACAGAAAUGGAAGUACCAGCCUCACGAAUGAAAAUGAAAAGGAGGAUGUCUUGAACUAGGAUAAGUGAACUGACAAUGUUCAGCUUACAGGCGGAAUAUGAUUUGCUUGUGAGAUAUGACUUUAAAUGAUUACGAUCUUUCAAGAGUUCAGAUGUGAUGUUUGAGCACAGAGCACUUAACGUGCAGGAAUAAAAUGAAUCACAUUUUGAUGCAUCUACAAAUCAAAAAUUAGGCUUGAUAGGAUUUGGUCUCAAGACACUGUAUUAUGCCUGUAUGAUGUUGUUGAUGUAUGUUCUUUAAGACUCAUAUAAAAAAAUAAAUGAAUAACAUUUAAUGUUGACUUUUUUCUUUUUUAUACUCAUUUAAAGGGGUCAUCGGAUGCCCAUUUUCCACAAGUUGAUAUGAUACUUUAGUGUCUUAAAAGUCUAUGACACU